UAUACUCAAUUGUCAUGGUGGCUCCAAAAAAAUAAGGGUUACGAACUCAGUUCGUAGCAGAAAUUCCGAGUGGGCGGACAGAUCCGCACCGAAUCCAGAAAAAUUUAACAUCGUGGAAACACCGACUAAGGGAUACCCCUGCAACCAGUAACAUUGGACUCAACCGAUAACGAUGCUGCAACUGAUGCAGAUGACCCGUCACGUGACCUCUUGGCUGGGCUGGACACCGACGCCCCCAUGCGACGUCGAGGAGGAGGAGGAGCCGCUCCAGGAGUCGUCCGGCAUUGUGACCGUACUGGUUCUCUACCUGGGCAUGGCCGGCCUUUUUGCGGCCCUGAAUCUCUGCACCACGACCACCGACGACCAGGUGCGGUCCCGGGCCAAGCGGGAACUGGUGGCCAUGGAGCGCCGCCAGUUGCAGCGCCUGGAACAGCGGAGCAGGACACCGGGCUUAACUCUGCCACCAUCUUGGCCGGCCGCCAUGCCAUCGCUAGUUCGCAAUGGGGCUGCCCCAAGACGACCUGUCGUUCUACUGCAAGAGCAGCGAUUGCGGAUGCAUUUGCUUCAGCAGAAGGAGCAGGAGCUGCAGGAUUCCCAGACUUGGCACGAUGCUGUGGAUGUGGAUGUGGACGAGGAGGAGCAUGUGCAGGAGCAGGCCUCCAGCUGCCUCGUCCCAAAGAGCCAAAAGUCCACAUUCUUUGACCUUCCCUCAGACUGUGAAUAACCCAAUCCACUCGAAGAACUAUUCCAAAUCAUAGAGUAACACUCAAACGAAGGCAUGAGUUCAACAAUAUACAAGUUCCCACAAAUUGUU